AUGAUCCGAAGAGACAAUUCGGAUUUUCUCCGUCAGAAACAAGCUCAAUGGGAAAAAGAAAAAGCCGAAUCCGAAAGUCGACCCGAAUGGUUUCCGUUUGGGGAAAAUUUGACACCAGGAGGAGGUUCUCCACUUCGGAAAUUUGUACCAAAGGAGCCGAUUGAAUCAUCAACUAGGGAGACCUGUGAAGACGCCUCAACGAGCAUGCAUCACGUCAACUCGACGACGUUUCCGGAUGGAAAACAAUCGGAUUUAAACACUACGUCGUCUCCUUCCAAUCCACACCACCAACAGUAUCAUGUACCUCCGAUGCCUUCCCAUCAUCCUAACUCACAUCAUUCUCACCAUGCACAUAGUCAUCCCUAUUCGUACCCUUUGUAUACAUUUCCAUAUCCUAUUGCUCCUGCUUAUCACCAUCAACAAAUGACUUCAUCUACAUCAUCUGGUGCCAAUGGAAGUAGUGAACAGCAUCAUCAACAGUACUUUGCUCCGCAAUAUCAGGUUAUUCCAGCAGGAGCUAUACCAGUUAGCACAAUUAAUAUUGAUCCAUCUCAAAUCUGCCCGGUUGAUCAGAUGGGAAUGUGGACAUUGCCGCCUCCAAUUGGUCCAAAUGGAAUGCGAUAUGGAAUACCUAUUCCUGCUCCACUUGUGCCACAAAUAACCUGUGCGAUGAUUGACUCUUCAAAAAUGACGUCAUCUAUGAAUAAUACUAUUCUGAAUGCAAUGUCAACAUCCACGUCGUCUAAUGAUUCCUCUUCCGAGUCUGGAGUUAGUGGAGUUAAAGAAGCUAAAGAAAACAAGAAGCAGAAGAGAAAUCAGGAAGAAGCAGAGGAUAAGAUUCGUCGUGAAGAAAGACAAUCGACAUCUGAUUAUACUGAUGAUGAUCCGAUUCCAUUAACUCGUCGUAGUACUACUGGUUCCAUCACCUAUAACUAUGCUGAUCAGAUUGCUGAGCGUCGCCGAUUCGAACAGGAACAAGAGGAUCGUGAACGUCAGGAACUACUCGAAGUAGAACGACAACGAAGAAUCCUCGAAGAUCGACGAAACUCAGAAGAGGAAACAAGAAGAAAAGCUGAAAAGGAGAGAAUAGAGGAAGAACAGCGCCGUGCAGAUCAGUUCGCUGCUGCCAUGGAGAAGGCGAAGAAGGAAGCAGAGCUACUGAAAAGAGCUAAACUUUACAAGCAUGUUCUACUUGGAGCUGAAGAAGAAGGUGGUACUGAACAACUUUCGGAGCUCGAGCAGAAGUUGCUAGGUGUGGAUAUCGAAACAGGAAGACGUCUUCUUAAAGAAGUUUCGGAAGUUGAAAGGCAUAAGAAACAAGAUGAAGUGGAAAUGAAAAAGAAUGCACCACAACCAGAUAAAACUAGUCACAACAGUUCAACUAUGAGCGUUGGAAACCAAUCGAAUCGAGGACGAUCUUCUUCGAUUAGUUCACCGAACAAAAUGGAGAAUUCAUUCACUCGGAACUCAGUUGGACGUCGUUCGGUGCGAACUACAAGUCGAGAAAAACAAGGGACUGUAGUUGAGAACAAAUUGGAAACAAAUAACUCACACAGAUCCGAUCCUCAUCUUCCUCUUCAACAACCAUCAGCAGCUCCGGUUUCUCAGCCCACUCAACCACCAGCUCAACAUCUUCAAAACGAUCGCCACGCGGCCCCAUCUCAGGCUCGAGAAGUUCAUCUCGGAAAUAAAACAACUACAACUCCAACAAAAUCAGAGAUGAUGCUCAAAUCGGGUGGUUAUUAUUGUCCAAUGAAUCGUGAUCCAUUGUCUCAAAGAGAAGAAUCACGGGCGAUACAAAAACCAACACAUUCUACGGGUUUCCAACACAACAACCAUAUCAAGUUCGAUGGAAGUAUUCGACGACACAAUGAGACUACGCAAUCCGCACUCUUCGGUCCAAUCGCAACUCGCAGUAGUAUCCGACGAGGAACAAUGAAAACUGGACUUCCAUCACCAACUUCCGUACGAAUGACGCAAGUCCACCAAAAUGAGAGAACUUCAAGCUUCGAAGAAAGUAGCAGCAGCGGAGAAGACGGAGGUAGCAUUUCUCCCGAUUUGAACCACAAACAUUUUGAAUCUCCACUCCCAUCUUCGACAGAAAAUGUUCACCCCGCUCCUUGUUCGCCUCCAGUUAAAGCUCAUGAAGGUUUUGAAUUUAAGACGCCCACCCGUGCCCGCAGUGCUCUGAGUUCACCAAUGAGCAAUUUCCUGAAUGGUGGUGACAACGAUUCUCCGACAUGCCGUCCGGCAUCUCGCUUAAUGCAACGUCUCGAGCAGAAAGGAACUAUCCGCCGAGACGAUGAAUUUAUAUCACAGGAGAUCAGACGUGUUGCCGAAACUAAUCUCUCGCGUAGUCCGUCCUUGGCUUCUCUCCGUGGAUCCAUUCAAAACCUUUCACUUCGCGGAAGCCAUCUGAAUUUAGCCGGACCGUCUGGAGAGUUGCCUGCCAAUUUGACAAAGUUUGCAAGUGUGAAUUCUCCUGCUCGUCAGUCGUUGUCGUCGAUGAAGAAAACAACAGAUCGUCAAGCAGCCGUUCUUGAACGUCUUGGGCGUCUUCGUGAAUCAUUGCAUGCAGGAAAAAACUACACACCACCACGUAGCGGCCUAUCAUCUUCCCGCAUCACAACGCCUGCACAAACUCCGCCCAUUUCUCCACGACCUGUUAUGUAG